CGUUUCAAGUGCUAAUAAUUCGUUCACUAAUUUGCACUUCCGGGUGUUAAAAAUGAGGGGUGACACCCCGGUCAAAGCACCUCAAAUUCGGCGACACGCUGGGAAGAGACGUCAUUUAUCUCAAACAUGUCAAGUUUAUGAGGCACUUCAUGAAGAGGCUGACUGGGAGGAGGACCCGGAUGAGAAGAACGUCAGAGUUGCUGGCCAAGCCGGCGCCAAGCCCUGGCAAUGUCCAUCACCUCUGCCGUCAUCCAGCAAAAACAUCAUCCAAGUUCAAAAAAAGCUGAGCCCGGCAGAGACACCAGGGGCCACCACAACUCAGAACAUGGACUCAAGUUUUAGCUCAGAUGAUGAUGAUGAUGAUGAUGAUGAUGAUGAUGAUGCUGAUGAUGACUGCUACUCCUCAACCUCCACUAGUGUUCCCUCUCCAGAGCUCUUCAGACAGGAACACUACGCGGCGGGCGCCUUUCAUAUCCCCGGCGAGGACGACGUGCUGGAUCUGCACGCACAAGUGAAGAACUCCACCUUGCUCAGCACCAGCCAUGCCGAGAGCAUCCACAAACAACGCUCCCCCAACCUGUCCACCAUCCUGUAUGACUCCACAGUGAUGUUUGACACAAACUGCCAGAUAAGGGCCCCAGCUGACUUGGGACAGGAGGUGGGGUACGGACUAGACUGGCCGCCUUCCAAUCACAGAGAACAUGGACAGAUUGUGGAUGAACCUCCCUUGGGCGCCCUAUCUGCAUGCAAGUCCUUGAAGAGGAAGUCACCCAAACCGUCGUCCAUCAGGAGGAGUAUCAAGUGCAGGAAGGUGGUACGAUUCAAAAGUCCCGUGGUGGCUGAGCCGAGCAAGCCAAGGCUGGCAGAAGAACAUCCCCGCCCAGACAGCGGUGGGCCGGAGCCAGCCAGGUUCUUCGACUUGGCCAGCGAUUCUGACAUGGAGGAGUUCUUCUGUGGAGCCGAGGAGCGAUGGGCUCUACUCACAGGGAUACCUUUGCUUCCUCUCACGGUUGCACUGAAGCAGAAGUAGGCAACACCUUCAGUUCUGUCAUGUGUUAGUGCACACUCUGUGUGGGGGAAAAAAAGUUACUGCAAAAUAUCCUGUUGCAUGCUUUUACUUUGAAAGAGGAUGUUUGGCAGCAGCCAUGGUUGCAACUGACCACAGGUGAGUGGUCCUGUAAUGAAAUGGGGACACAGUAAUGAAUGUUUCAGUACACUGAAAAGAAAUGCGUGGUGAUGCAGUCAUGCAAAUGUCUUACUUUGCAUGGCUUGUAACAAAAGUGCGUGCUGCUUUAAUGACCACUAGAUGUCAGCCUUGCAAUUUCCCAAUUCUCACACAGACUUCUUUUCAAACUCUGUUCUUUUAGCUUCACAGAUGUGUAAUGUGUUUAUGUAUAGUUUGUUGUAUUCACUACGCUGGCGUUUUAGU